AUGAAGGGUGUUGUUAGGUUUGAGACUUCACCAAUACUCUCCAAACGUGAAGUGAAUUGGAGUGAACGUUUUUCAAGUGUUGAUACUAGUGAAAGUGUUGUUGCUCCUACAUGCAAAUGUGGCAAAAAGUGCAUCUUAUUAAUUUCAAAGACAUCUAAGAACCCUAAUACACAAAUCUUUAGGUGCCCCUAUUUUAAGCAACACAAUAGACCACAUUGUAACUACUUCAUGCAGAAGGAUAAAUUUAUUGAGUCACAAACUACAAUGGUUGGGUUGCAAUCAAAAGCUCCAAUGGUUGAGUUGCUUGAAGCUAAGAUUAAUCAAAUGGAAAAAGAUGUGAAAGAUAUGAAGAUUAAGAUAGAGAAUGAUAUAGAAGCUAAAAUUAUUCAAUUGGGGAGAGAUAUAGAAGUUAAAAUUAAUCAAUUUGAGAGGGAUAUAGAAAUGGCUAAAACUCAAAUAAUUGAAAUGCAAGUGAGAAUGGAAGAAGGGAAAAAUUGGAAACGAUGUGUAAAAGCUGUAGGGGUUGUGAUUGUGAUUUGGUUAUAUCCUUUUGUGUUUGGCAGUAGAAAAAGAUUGUGUAAGUAA